AUGUCUCCCUCCCCCUCCUCCUCCCCAAACCCUCCCUUCCAACUCUUCACCUCCCUCCGCUACGACCCCCUCCUCCUCCAAUCCCCCCUCAACAUCGAAUCCUGGCCACUCCCCACUUCGACCCCCACCCCAUCCCCCUUCUACAUGCUCCCCUACCACCGCGACCGACUCCUCCAAGCCGCAACCCACUUCUCCUUCCCCGCCGCCAUCGCCGCCAUCUCCGGAGUCUCCGGAUUCCAAAACCUCCUCAGCACCCUCUCCUCCUCCAUCGAUACACAAUCUCCCACCCCCCUACGCGUACGCAUCGUCCUCUCCCACACCGGAACCCUAACCAUCGAAAGUAAUCCCGUCCCUCCCGUCCCACUAUCCAAUCUCUUUCCCAAUCGUCUCCCACCUCCUUCCUCCAUCUCCCUUCCUCCAACUCCCUACAUCUCCUCCCUCACAGGCGGCGCCCUAACCCUCGGUCCUACCACCUUUCUCCCCAGCGACCCGAGCACCUCCAUCCCAUGGACUAUCAUCCCCGAUCCCUCUCGCACAACUCCCACCCCCUACACCAGCUUCAAAACUACCUCGCGAUCUCAAUACAACAGCGCGCGCGAGCGCGCCCAAAUCCCUACCUUUACUUCCCCGCAAGAAGUCCUGCUCAUUUCUUCCAAAAAUGGGGAGAUCAUGGAAGGGUCCCUCACCACUCCUUUUUUCUAUCGCGAUGGGAAAUGGGCUACGCCGUUUGAGAGCAGCGGGGGUCAGAUUGGAACGACUAGACGAUGGGCAUUGGAAAAAGGAAUCUGCGAAGAAAGCACCAUAACCCUCAACUCCCUAACCGAAGGAGAAGAAUGUUGGAUCAGCAACGGAGUGCGAGGUUUUACAUGGGGGAAAAUUCAGCUUUCGCCUUAG